AUGCUUUGUCGCGGAACAUACAAGCAAAUUGCUGGAGCCGUAUGGAAGAAUCCAAUUUUAAGGAAAUAUAUGCAGCAGUUGUACCUGGAGGAGGUCGAUCGUGAGUGUACUGCGAUGUGUUCAUUAAAGAAUCCAAGCUGUCUGAGAUCGCCCAGCAAGAAAGACCUCCAGCGCUUUUCGUUCAAGAAAUUCAACAGCGAACUUGAAUCGAAAGCACCAUUGUUUAGUGCGGUACUGUGGACUGCAAGUGUGAGAAAAAGCAAAAGAGACGAUGAAUUCUGGCUGCCAUCUGUGUCUAUGUCCGCGGCUGUCUUGCUGAAGAACAGAUCUCCGUGUAUGAAUGCAAUGCAACUGAUAAACACCAUCAUUUUGUAUCACUCGGGGAUAACUGUGAGUAAUUUUUUUUAAUCAGUUUCUACAAGAUGUUUUCCUGGCAUUCUAUUUGUCCAAACCUAUUAUAACGUACUGAUGACAACGAUAAUGUUUUUGGUAGUGCUAAGCCAUGAAGAAUUUGGUAUGAGCUGAUACCCAAACUGCAAAGCUCUCUUCCUAGUAUUCAAUUGAAUAUUUUUCACUUGAUCAUUAAUGGAUCGGACGGGGAAAGUCACUUAAAUUCCCUACCUUCUGACGUCUGCAUAAUGUUAAAUGUUGCAUCCUUGGUCUUUGCACCGGCUAUUUGUGCGUGUGUCAUUAGCUCCAAAAUUUGUUGUUGAAAUUAUUAUGCUGGAUUUAAAACCAAUUUAAGAUAAUGUUAAUUACUACUGUCUUUUGUUGAUCUCACUCUCAGACUUUGUUACCUCUUAUUUCUAGCAAAAUUACAACUCUUUCGUUUAAGUUUGUAUGUACAUUAAUAACUUCGAAUUUAUGACUGUCAACUUCAAAUGUGGUUGCUGCCUUUCAAUAAAUUAAAGAAAACAUAAUUUUAUGAAUUUUUAUGAAAGUGAGGAUUUUUAUGAAAGUAAGUGUAUUAUGAAUGAGAUGUUCCCUGUGUAAAUAAUUUGUGAAUAAAUGCCAUUUUCCCUCAAAAUAUAUACAUGUACAUCAUAAGAAUAAGAUUUAUCUGUUUUUUGACAUGUCCUACCCUGCUGUACAGACAAUUAUAAUUCCAAAGUUCGUGAGAAAAUGAAGGUAGCAAAUGUUAAUGCAUUGAAUAAUAACAUUACAACUGCCCUUUUAUGAUAAAAUGUCUUAUCAUAUACUAAUUAUUUAUUUCAGGCUUCUCUUUGCCGACUGGGUUCCCUCAGAGUAACCACCGGACACUCAUAUUAUUACCGAAAGCUGGAUGAAUUUGGGAAAGAAUACGCUGCAUCUGUUGAGAAGAAGGUAAAAGAUGAGACUGCACGACUUCAGAAACAUCACCAAGCACUGACUGAGACACCAUCUGGCGCCAGUUCCCCUCCUCUAGUGACUGAAAGACAGUCUCAACAGUCAACUGUAAUUACUGCUGACAAAGGAAGAAAGUUGGUGUUCGAUAACUUCGACUUCAAGCAGCAAGUUCACAGUAUGACUGAACAGCAUCAAAAUAUAGAUGUCCACUGGGUUUACACACUUGUCAGUGGAAAAUCGUGUCUCAGGAAACCACUUGUCAAGUGCAAAGCCUGCUGCAGAUGCUGUUAUGCAGAUGGAGAAUGGUGUGUGUUUACCAACUCGCCAUGA